UACGAGUACAAAUGUCCAAAGCGGCCAAAUGGUGAAAAAAGAAUUACAUUUGAUUCUAAAUAAUAAAAAUAUCAGGUUAUCCAACCAGCAUCCCCUCCCAUGCUGGUCUGAGCCUCCUGUCUCUCUGUCUGUGGUUGUUGUAUCAGGGGAUGGUGAAGCACCUGCAGCUGACUCCAGGAGAGUUAAAACAGUACCUUUCUCAGACUGAGACACUCCUGCUGCGCUACAUACAGAGGCUGCAAUGGCUGCUCUCCGGUAGCAGGCGUGUGUUUGGGGCGGUGCUGGAGAGGGAGGUGUGUGUGCUGCUGGAUGUGUCCGGCUCCAUGGCUCCCUGCCUGGGGGAGCUGAAGACCAAGCUGGCCUCUCUCAUCUGGGAACAGCUGCAUCACAACACAGUCAGGUUCUCUCUCCUGGCGUUCUCCGCGGGGGUGAAGGUGUGGCGUCUGGCACGGCAGGAGCCUACAGAGGAGGCAUGCCGCGACGCGGUGCAGUGGGCAUAUCAGCUCAACACCCAUGGGGGAACCAACACUCUGGAGGCCCUGCAGACUGGCUGUGGGUUUGGGGACAGUGUGGGCCUGUACCUGCUGAGUGAUGGGAAGCCAUAUUCCAGCUGCAGCCUGCUGCUGAAAGAGACAGAGAGACUGGCCACAGGGAACCACAUUACUAUCCACACUGUCUCAUUCAACUGCACAGACAGCACAGCCAAUGACUUUCUGAAGAAACUGGCCCACCAAACUGGGGGUCGAUACCACUGUUGUCAUGACAAUGUGGAUGCACUCAGUGGGCUGUUGGAAUCGGGCCAUAGGGAUGGAGACGAACCUACCCUGCCGGCCCUCGAGGGAGAUGACUUGAGGAGACUGGCUCAGGAAAUUGACAAACUGAGACAUUUCCGGAAGAAGGCACAGGUCUUCAGGGAAAUCAUUUUGGAAAAGAAGAAUCCAGAGGAAACAACAAGAAUCAACCAAACAAACUAGAUUACUGUAAACCCAAGAAUUUGACUUCAAUGAUUUUAUAUACACAUUUGUUAUUCAGAUUUUCAAUGACUAAAUAUAUGAAGAAAGUGGUUGUUAAGAGAUUAAAACUGGUGUACAUGAAUUUUGUCAGAUUAACCAUAUACUGUACACAGUUCUAUUUGACCUAAUUUGGGUGUGCAGUAUGCUUUGUUCAGAGUGACAAACCUCUGCUUUUCUUAAUUUAAAACUAGAAUGCUUAGUUGCUACAUCCAUUUUUUACUAAUAAAUUAUUUCUAUAUAUACCCAUUGAUUCUUGAAGAAUAUUAUAUAUAAAUGCCUCGUGAGCUUACUUCAACUGUCAUACCCAUCAGAAAGCUUGUUUUACUCCAAUGUUUGUAAAAAAAAGUAAAUGUGAACAAACACUGUAUAGCCUAAAGAGGCAGGGCUGACCGCUUUGGUAUUGUUUCUCUAGUUUGAACUAAAAACAGCUAAUAACCUUAUUGUGUUAUAUUCUUUCUAUGUACCAAUGAACAUAUCGGCAUGAAUAAAACAAAUGAU